AUGGUUUAUCAGUUUUACAGCAUCGGAGAUAAAAGAGUCAUCAGCCUCAAAAAAACACCACAACACGACAAUAAUUGUGUGGUCGUGGGCUCUUCACGUGGCUGGGUGGUCUGGUUCGAUAGCGUCAACAACAACCUAUUCCUCUCCAAUCCCCUCACGCAUCGUCACCUCAAAUUGCAUAAUAUUCCCAGCAAUUCUUCUGAUGAUACAAGAGGCGGAAUAAGCAGCAUCAUGAUCUCCAGCCCCGACCCGGACACUGAUCCAGAGUGUCGUGCCGUGAUUAUCCAUGGCCCGCAGAUGGAACCCGCUCGGCCAGCGAACCAGUUAUGCAUCGUGCGUCUACUCAACUUCACAAAAGCUCUUCUUCCUUCUGCUGCUUCACAGAUGACCAAAGUGGUACAGAUCUGCUGGAGGCUUGGGAUCUCCGGGACCCUCCCGCUCUCUCCAAGGAUGAUCCCGAUGGCCGUGUCGGUAGAUAAGGACAAUUAUCCUGUGGCCUCUGGGUCGGAGUCGGAACGUAAACGACUCUGCAAGAGCUACCGGUUCCUUCCGGACGUGAGGCGGUUUGUGGAGCAUACGAACGAUGACGACCAUACAGCUCCAUACACAACGGUCGGUUUCGACGUUCACAAAUACGUGCCCGGCUCGAGUACAUGGGCAGGCUUUGUUUGUGGGCAGCAGCAAUGGGUGACCAACCCGCCCAUAUGGUUUAGCCCCACUCCACUGCUUCGAUUCCCCUUUCUUAUUAGGAAGGAAGGGGGCGCCGAGGUCGUCUCCGCCCACCCGAGAUGA